GACAUGUGGUGCAAACCUCGAUAACAAUCAGUUCUUUAAUGUUUUAUUAGUGCCCUCUUGCGUCGUAAUAAUGUAAUAACGCAAAGGCGCACACAGCCAUAGAGUACUUGCAGCCAUACGUGACCGUAGAAUCUAGAGGGCGCUCUUUAAACAAGGAAACGCCACUAGGAACGGAAAAAGGACGCUAGUUUAAAGCAAACCAGAUUACCAAAAUACUUAUUUCCCAAACUGCUCCCUCAAACCUCCGCGCCAGAGAUAUAGAAAACAAGCCUAUGAUUCCACUUCCAAAAAAGUAGUAGCCUAGGGCCUAUCGUAUCGUGAUAAAAACGAUUACAAACCAACAGACAGUUCUGUUUGAGGGUAUAGCCUACACGUUUAUUCCCAAAAAAGUUUCCAAUUGUUGUCAAUUCAUUGGGACAACAAAGAGGUUGCAAGCGCAAUACGUUUUUACUCAAAUUUGUAACAAUGUCAUAGUCUACUCAUUUUAGCUAGAGAACACCUUUGCAUGAGAUAAAAAAAAAAAUGACGUCUUACCUUUGGAUGACAUGGUAGCGUGGCCGAGCGGUCUAAGGCGCUGGAUUAAGGCUCCAGUCUCUUCGGGGGCGUGGGUUCGAAUCCCACCGCUGCCAAUACUUUUCGGCAAGUCUAAAAUAUCGACAUAUCAAUGGAUAUGUCAAUAUGUCUUGAAAAACAACAUUUCGAAAAAUAGAAAUGAGCCAACCACUGACUACUAAAUAAUAAAAUGUUAGCCACAGUCGACGAAUCGACUACCAAACGCGUUUUGCUUUUCGCCCUAUCCGUACUGUUUGGACCUGCGUAUUAUCCGUCAGAAAAAGUGACGUAGUAUUUGCUACCAUUCUCUGGUGCUACAGAUCAGUCUCUGCUACUACUUGUGUAUGUUAUCGAUAUUAAGUUGUUUCGCCGACUCAGACAAAUUUCAAACAUCGCAACAAAUGCUCACUCGUUAACCCCACCUAACUAAGCGAUGAAGCCCCCCACCCGAACCACCAGGUCCACGAAGUCCGGUGCUCAGUGGUUGAAAAGGAAACCAAACCUAAAGACGAAAACCAAUCAAGAUUCCAAUUCAGAUAAAAAAUGGCAACCCGGAGAAGUCAAGAACAUUUUAACAGCACUCCGACAACAAUACAAAUGUGGUCUAGAUGACAUAGACACGCAUGCUCUCCAAGAGCGCGUGCCUAAACGUUCAGUUCAGGAGGUGGAAUCAUUACUGAAGUCUCUGAAGCAGAGUGUUGCGAAAAAAGUGUUCUAUCAACUGAAGAAACAGAGAAAGAAUGAGCAGGAACAAAUGACUCCUAUCCAGGUGUGGACUGAGUUGAUGGAGAGAAUUGCUGGAAGUCACGAAGAAAAAAUGUCUUCAGCAUUCUCUCGGAUGCUGGUAAUAGCGGGAACAGAGCCCUGCAAUCUUAAGCACUCAGACCCACCCCGUGACUUUGAAACCCCAUCAUCAGCCACCACAAGGGUACAGCCGAUUUCAAGGUUUUUCACCAUCGGUAGCCGCUUGAAAUCUGGUGCCCAGAUGAGUUCCACUGCUGAUGCACAGCGGCUUUCAGGAAACGGGGGUGUUUCAAAUCCCAAUGUUUCUCAUCAGGACAAGGACAACCACCUGCUCUCUAUGCCAUCUUUGAGUUCUAGCAUGUCCACCAAGACAGUAGUCUCAGGUGGCUCAUCAUCAAUCACUGGUGCAAUACCGUCCCCCUCUGCAGCACAGCGUACCCAGACUACUGCAGUGAUUGAAAAUGCACAGUCGUCAAUUAUACAAAACAACUCAGUCCCGUCAGAUCUGUCCACCACCUCCUCGUCCUCAACAUCAUCUCGACUCAGCCAACAGACAGGGAACAAUCAGGGGGGUAAUUCCAGCCAAGGCAACCCUUCUCAGUCUGACAGAGCGGAGAACACAGUAGACUUUGAAAAGAUUCAUACGUUCCUCAGCGCAGCCACUAAGAAGGACAGCAAGUGCUCCCUCACAGCGAUGGAGAGUGCAGUGGUUUUGGACCUCAUCAUGUCUCUGCCCGAGGAGCUCCCUCUGUUGGACUGUCAGAGUCUGCAGGAUCACUUCUUGCAGGUCUACUCACGGCUAACCACUCCUGUCAUCAAAACCUCGUCGGGCAUUGAGACGGAAGAGCCUACUGACGUGCCUCAGGCGGCCAAAAUGAACCUGAACUGGGAGAAUGUGGGCAUUUGUCCUCUCAAUCCUUUAGUGGUGCCCUUAUCUCUUUUAACACGAAAAAGUGACAAAGACUCGUGAAAUUUGUUAAGGGUUGUUGAAGUGAUGUUUUGUUAGUGUUACUGUUAUGUUGUAAAGUAAUGUAAUUUAACUUAUAUGUUUGUUUUUGCAGUGUUAGCCACAUUCAGUUUUACUUCCUCACCUCUUUACAGGAAAUUUGGGGUAACUCUUGACUUUUUUUUUCCAUUCUUGACUGUCAAUAAAAGACUAUAAACACUGA